AUGACCCUGUUGGCGGGUGAUGGCUCCGACUAUGACUACAGUGCCCUGAGCUGUGCCUCUGAUACCUCACUCAAUCCACCUCCCAUCCAAGAGGAGGAGGCUCGUAAGGGAGCUUUCUACCAGAGGGCGCAGCGUGCUCCUGAGCUCAGCGCCAGCCACAGCAACGCCCCGCUGUCCAGCGCCCGUAAACUCCACGCCAUCAUCAAUGUGGGUGGCCUGCGUUACCAGCUGCCUUGGACCACCUUAGAGGACUUCCCCCUGUCUCGUCUGGGCCAGCUGCACCUCUGCAGCAGCUUUGAUGAGAUCAUGCGUAUCUGCGACGACUACGAUGUUACACACAACGAGUUCUUCUUUGACCGCAGCCCCUGUGCCUUCCGGACCAUCCUGACCUUCCUGCGGGCGGGUAAGCUGCGGUCCCUCAGGGAGAUGUGCGCCCUCUCCUUCAGGGAGGAGCUGCUCUACUGGGGGGUCCCUGAGGAGAGCCUGGAGUGGUGCUGUCGCCGGCGUCUGCUCCAGCGCUUGGAGGAGUUUGAGGCCAUGGAGAGAGCAGAGGAGGAGGAGCAACUCCUGGACGAUCUGCUGGAUUCAGACAGCGGCCACAGGGAGCACGCAGCGGAGUCCAGAGUCAGCCGGUGCAUGGGAAAGCUAAGAGACAUGGUGGAGAGGCCUCACUCGGGCCUCCCAGGGAAGAUCUUUGCUUGUUUGUCAGUGCUCUUUGUCACCAUCACUGCCAUCAACCUGUCCAUCAGCACCAUGCCUGCCAUGAGGGAGGAGGAGGAGGCGGGUACGUGCUCCCAGAUGUGCUACAACAUCUUCAUUGUGGAGACGGUGUGUGUGGCCUGGUUCUCACUGGAGUUCACCCUGCGCUUCAUUCAAGAUCGCAGCAAGCUGACCUUCCUCAGGCAGCCCCUGAACCUGAUAGAUGUGGUGGCCAUCCUGCCGUACUACAUCACUCUGCUGGUGGACAGCACCUCCAAAGGGGAGAAGCGUCUGGGCUCUGGCAGCAGCUACUUGGACAAAGUGGGCUUGGUGCUGCGUGUCCUGAGAGCCCUGCGAAUCCUCUAUGUGAUGCGGCUAGCUCGCCACUCGCUGGGCCUGCAGACUCUGGGCCUGACAGCACGCCGCUGCACACGGGAGUUUGGACUGCUCCUCCUCUUCCUGUGUGUGGCCAUCGCGCUGUAUUCCCCCUUGCUGUAUUUGAUUGAGAACGAAAUGGCCACCACGCAGGAGUUCACCAGCAUCCCUGCAACCUACUGGUGGGCUGUCAUCACCAUGACAACAGUGGGCUACGGGGACAUGGUGCCAAGGAGCAUCCCGGGGCAGGUGGUGGCUCUGAGCAGCAUCCUGAGCGGGAUCCUCCUCAUGGCCUUCCCCGUCACCUCCAUCUUCCACACCUUCUCGAGGUCGUACGUGGAGCUGAAGCAGGAGCAGCAGAGGCUGCUGCAGAGGAGGACACACUUUCUGCUGCGGAGCCGCAUGGCCGGCCUGGGCAGCAACCUCUCCUUAGAGAGUGAUAUGCUCUUCCCCAUAGGGUCUUCUGACACCAGAGACAUGGAUGACUGA